UGAUAAAGACAACAGGCGUCUGACUGUCAGGAGAGCAAAAACAGGCAAAAAGAAUCUGACAAAAUCAGAGAGAAGAUGUUUCCACGGCUGGUUUUCGUCUCACUGCUGAGCCUCACAUGGACAACAGUCACUGGACUACCUUGCACCCAGAUGUUUCCCUCUCCGUCACCUCCUUCCAUUGUGAACAGUGUUCGGCCCUCAGACGUGUCUGUGCUUUCUUCCGUUGGACUCCACAUGCACAGCACUGAUCUGUCCACAGUGGUAUCAAGACUCGGAGAACUGAUGAGCCUGUUCAAUCCCGCCCUCAUUAGUCCAUCCGCAGAAGAAACACACUUAUAUUCCACUCAGUUUGUGCAACAAAGGACGCUGAUGCAGCAGGCAAAAGACGUAUCACUCUAUCUCCACAACAAUAAACUCGCUGAUGCAGACAGAGACUGGAAGCUGGUGAUCCUCUUUGUCCAGGUGGAUCAACUCUGUGCCUUUGAGCAGCAGCAGGUUCAGUCUGUGAUCCAGGCAGUGGUUGAAGACGUGGACGAGGCUCUGCAGAUGCUUCACUCUCAGUUAAGGCAGACCAUCGUCAGUGUGGCAUUAUGGGAUGGAGAGCACGACACAUUCCAGUCCAAGAAGCUCUCAUGCAUGGAAUUAGACAGUGAGGGAGAAGCCAGACUUCUGAGGGCUGUACUAACUCACUCUCUGCAGGAGUCUUUGGGUGAGCUCUUGGCGAGGAGAAGCUGGUACAGUGACAGAGAGGACUUCACGGUCACUCUGCAGGAGAAACCUCUCAUCGCAGACGUCUCAUCUGUUGCUAGUGGGAAGCUUCUCUCUGAGUCAGAGACUGCACAACAAACUGAUAAACUGCUGGUUCAGCUGUGGACAAACCUGCUUCAGUCCACAGACGACAAGAGUGACGAAGGAAACAUCUUCACAGUGCCGUGUCCAACUGAGGGUCGACCCUUCCUGAGGACGGAGGGAAACUCGCCUUCAUAUAACCACGGCAGUGUCUCCCCUCUCCUUCACCCAUUCACAGGAACAGCGAUGCCCUGCAAGGAUUUCAGCCCCUCGGCCUCCAUACCCACCUCAGUCCAUGAACUCAGGCUGGCAGAUAUCAAAGUGGUGGCUGCUGUGGGAGACUCUCUGACGGCAGGAAAUGGUAUUGCAUCCAGCCAAAAUAACAUCCUGGACGUCCUGCGUCAAUACAGGGGUUUAUCCUGGAGUGUUGGUGGAGAUGGAAACCUCACUACUGUCACCACUCUGCCCAACAUCUUAAAGUAUUUUAAUCACAACCUGACGGGCUUCUCUGUUGGUACUGGCAAAGAAGAGGCUUUUCUUAACCAGGCUGUCCCAGGAGCCAAAUCCAAGGACAUACCAUCCCAGGUGCGAGCCCUCGUGGCAAAGAUGAUGAAUGACACAAGAAUCGAUUUUGCAAACGACUGGAAGUUGAUCACCAUUUUCAUUGGUGCUAAUGACUUGUGUGACCACUGCUCCAACUCUCUACUUUAUUCUGUAGAGAAUUAUGGUCGUCAUAUUAGUGAAGGCCUGGAUUAUCUACACAAAGAGGUGCCUCGAGCUCUGGUGAACUUGGUGGAGCCUUUGCAUAUUCUCCCCAUAAGAGAAUUGCACUUUGACAAGUCACUGAAAUGCCCAACUUGGCUGAUAACUAUGCUGUGUCCUUGUGUCAUUUUGCCAAUGCACAACUCUAAAGCUCUUCAAAUGUUGGAAGACCUCACCAGAACGUAUCAGCACAUAGUGCGCAAGGUUGUGGAGUCAGGUCGUUAUGACAAUCGCUCAGACUUCACGGUGGUCGUACAGCCUUUCUUCAGAGAUGUCGUUGUCCCCAGACUGCCGGACGGUCGUCUUGACCGCUCCUACUUCAGUGCUGACUGCUUCCAUCUCAGCCAAAAGGCCCAUACAAAGAUCACCCGCUCCUUCUGGAACAACAUGCUGGAACCUGUGGGUAAUAAGACUUUCAAUCAGGACUUUAAUGUAGACCUUGACCUGAAGUGUCCAACCAAGACUUCACCAUAUAUUCGCACCUUCAAAAACAGCAAUUAUGUAUAUGCUGGUCCCUCACCGACACCUGGACCACCCACAAACUGGGGAAGUGACUUCUCCUGUUUGGACCUUAGUCCAUCUCACACUGUGCCAACCUCAGUUCACCAGCUGAGACCAGCAGACAUUGUGGUGGUGGCAGCUCUGGGAGACUCUGUAACGGCAGCUACUGGCGCUAAAGCAAAGACUGUGUUCGACCUAAGUAAAAAUUACCCAGGAGUAUCAUGGAGCAUUGGAGGAGAGAAGAGUCUCGAGACUAGCACAACAUUACCAAACAUCUUGAAGAAGUUCAACCCUGCUCUAAAGGGCUUCUCCAAAGGGUCACUGCCAAGACAGAAGGGCUUCAACAUGGCUGAACCUGGAGCUAAAACAUCAGAUAUUCUAGCACAAGUACAAGAUCUAAUCACGGCCAUGAAAGAAAAUAAGGAGAUGAACUUUGAUCAAGACUGGAAACUUGUGACAAUAUUUGUAGGGGGAUACGACCUCUGCCGUUAUUGCACAGACCAAAAUAAUCUGUCACCCAAGAAUUACAGCCACAAUCUUAUGCUGAGUUUGGACACGCUUUACAGAGAGGUACCAAGACUCUUAGUGAAUGUUGUGGAGAUCUUGCAGAUACAUCCCCUGAAAACAGUUAAGAGGAACACGCUGCCCUGUGCUCUCAUGCCGAGGGUAAAUUGUCCCUGUGUAAUCAACCCAACUGAAAACUCCCCAGAGCUUGCAGAGAUAAAACGCAUCAAUCAUGAGUAUCAGGUUGAGAUCCAGUAUCUUAUUUCCAGUGAUCGCUAUGAUGGCAAAGAAGAUUUUGCUGUUGUCCUUCAACCAUUUCUACAUGAUUCCUUUAUCCCUCAUAUUGGAGCGGGCGAGCCUGACGCGAGCUUCUUCUCUGUCGACUGUUUCCACAUCAGUGAGCGAGCUCACUCUGAGAUGGCCAUUGGCCUUUGGAACAACAUGCUGGAGCCUGUGGGGAGGAAACGGGCGUAUAACAACUUCACCCACGACCGCUCCAAGAUUAACUGUCCCUCUGAGGCGAGUCCCUUCAUCUACACCAAGCUCAACAGCCUUCCCACAAGACCCACCACUCCCAUCCCUACAUCAUCCAGCCCAAUGUCAGCCCUCCCGGUGACCAGCUGUCCCUCCUCCCUGCCUGUUUGGGUGCCGGUGGUUGUGGGAAUCAUCAGUUUACUGGCUGGUGUUACUGUUGCCUGGUUACUUUUCUCCUGCAGUCAACGAGGGAAAAACAAAGUACAGAAAGGAAUAGAAAUGACGGGGACUGGUUUUUAAUGAGUGUUCUUUUUGUCAAAAAACAAAAGAGUGUUUAAGCCGUAAAUAUUCAGACCAGUACAUGCUUCUUUCUUGCCACUUGUUGAGUGUUCUGGUGUCAUAUUAAUAGUUUAUCUGUAUAAGCUAAUAAUAGCUUUUCUGUUUAUUAUGAGGACAGAGCUGCAGAUUAGUUUCUCUGUUGGACUGGAAGUACGAGCAAUCAUUUCACACACCACAGAUAUGAAUAAAUGCUAGUUUGAAUAAUACUAAUAUAUUAAUUGUAGUAAAAAGUAUGUAAACUUAUUUGUAUAUUUUGUGCUACAUAGAAAUGAAAAAGUAUUCCAUGUAUAUUUGAUUGACCUUUAUCAAUCCAAGCAUUUUGUAUAUUUCUUUUUAAUAAUUGUUAUUUAUUAAUAAAAAAAUGUUGAAUUGAA